UCUUCUGGGGGGCGCCGCCCGAGAGGCCGUGCGCGUGCGCGAGGAUGCGCCGGUGCGCGCGCGCACGGGGUCGUCUGUGCUGAGGGCUUGGCUGUGACCCGGGCGUUGGUAAUUCUGGCGCCGUUACCAAGGUCGCGCGCGGUCAGCCGUCUCCGGCCGGGGGGCGGUCACCCUGCCGCCUGUGGAAGCCGCUGCUGGGGGAGACGGCGCCGCAGCCUCGCUGGGAGCCGAGCUCGGAGGUGGCCCGCCGGAGGGCGCCCGGCACUCACGACUCUCCAUAUUUGAUUAUUUGUGUCUAAAGCUCCUGCAGCUUUUCUCUUACUGAAAAUCACACUGCAUACGGAAGUGUUCCCUUAUCCGAACCUGAGAUUUAUCAGAAUCUCCUGAUAAAACAUUUAAACUACACUAGGAAGAUGCAACUUUUGAGCAGGCUGAUGGCUGUUUCAAAGCCUCAAAAUCUGACUUCUUAUGAACAAAAUGAAGUCCGGGGAGCACCUGUAUUUUGGAAACAGAAAGCCAUCCCUGUCGUGGAGAUGUGUGAUUCUGAGGCCUCUCGUCAAAAGUUUAGACAUUUAAAGUAUUUGGAAGUUUCUGGACCCCACGAAGCCCUGAGCCAACUCUGGGAGCUUUGUCUUCAGUGGCUAAGACCUGAGAUUCAUACAAAGAAGCAGAUCCUAGAACUCUUGGUGCUGGAACAGUUCUUAACAAUACUGCCUGAAGAGGUCAGGAUUUGGGUGAAUUUACACCACCCAAAGAAUGGUAAGGAUAUGGUGACCUUCUUAGAGGAUGUGAUUGAAAUGCUUAACGUCAAAGGACUAUCCUGCAAAGAUUCUGUCCUCCAGAAGGAGAACAUUAAGGAUAAAGAAAUGGAAACUGACUCUCAAAUAGGCAUGUGCCAGGAACCAGUAACAUUCAAAGAUGUGGUUGUGGAAUUCAGCAAGGAAGAGUGGGGGCAACUGGACCCUGCUGUAAAGAGCCUUUACAGGGAAGUGAUGCUGGAGAACUAUACAAACGUGAAUUCACUGCACAAAGAACACUUACUUCCCAAGCCAGUUAAAGUCCCCAGGUUGGAAAGUGAAAAAAAAAGAUGGAUGAUGGAGCAAGAAAUUCAACAAACAACUGGUUUUGAUAGAGAAAUGAUUUUAGAAGGUCAAGAUUCAGUUACAAAAUUGAGAAUUUCUGGAGAAGAAUUAUGCUCUCAAGUGAUUAUGACAAGACAGACUGUGAGUGAAAACCCUUCUUUGGAAGCUCGGAAGAGUGAUGUUUGUCUAUAUAGGAAACAGAAACACUGGGACAUAAAUUUACCACAAGAACCUUUUACUCUUAAGACAAAUAGCACUAAAGAAGGAAAUUUAAAAUGUUGUGAAAAUAAAAAGAACUUUGUUGCUAAGUCAGUUAACUCAGGUGUUUAUAUUCAAGAAGGAAUAUCUGUGAAAAAGGAAUCCUUCAAGUGUGGCAACUUCAAAACUAACUUCAAAUUUAAUUUGAACUCAAAAAGUAAGCAACAUUCCAAUGAUACUGAAUGUGUAAAUGCUAUCAACCUGUAUAAAGAUGUGCAUCACCCACAAAACUCGCCCAACACGUAUUCCUAUAAGUGCUAUCAGUGUGGAAAAACUUUUAGUCGGGGUUCAUCGCUUAUCCGACAUCAGAUCAUUCAUACAGGAGAGAAACCCUAUAAAUGUAGUGAAUGUGGGAGAGUUUUCAACCGAAAGACAAACCUUACUAAGCAUCAGGUUAUUCAUAUCAAAGCAAAGAUCUUUGAAGACAACAAAUGUGAAAAAGUCUUCAGUAACACUGAAGACAGUUAUAAAAAUACAAGGCUUUACCCUAGAGAUAAUUCUUACGAAUGUGGUAAUUGUGGAAAAUUCUUCAGCCGGAGCUCCUCCCUUAUUCGACAUCAAAUGAUUCAUACAGGAGAGAGACCAUUCAAAUGUGGGGAAUGUAAGAAAGCUUUCAAUAGAAAAUCAAUUCUUAUGAAACACCAGAACAUUCAUACUCGGGAAAUACUGUACCAGAAAUAAAGACAGAUUACUUUGAGAAUAUAAAACUCAUAUUGUAUUUAAUAAAUUAUUCCUGUUAAAGAAUUCUCUGAAGGUAUCUUGUAUCUUGUGAAUGUAUUAAAUGUAAGAAAAAUGAUGUAUUAUAAGAGUAUUAUUUGGUAUAGCAGAGUUAACAUUACAUAGAAAUCUGUUGUUGGGUCAAAAAAUGUCUUUGAACAUUUCUAAGCUAAUGUAACAUUUCUAAGCUAAGUUAAAUAAUAUUACCAUAUAAUGUUUUGCCUAUCGUUCUGACUUCCAUUUCCAUCUGUGCAUGCUUACAUUUGCUUGAUUGAUAAAGAGGUAUCAGGGAGAAGCCAAGUAGUAACCUUGGAGUUGAUAUUUAAUGCAAUUUAAGCUUUUACGUUCCUACAGGAAGCUUACAGGAAACCAGUAUAUCAUAAUAGUAAAGGCAAGCCUGCCCAAGGACUGAACUCUAAUAACAAGAAAUAGUUUCUGCCUUCUUGCUUCUGAUAGUACUUUUGGAUAUCCUGGUGUAUUGGAGUUCUUCGUGGCAUAGCUCCCUGAAAGUCUAGACUGUUAGAAAGCCCCCAAGGCCCAACCAACACCUGUAGUGUCUGUAAAGCUCAUUCUUCCACCUCUACAUUAGCUCAUAGAAAUCCAGUGACACCUCGUGACACUCCAUCCUUUAGAUUAUGUAACUAUAUAAUUCACCUUUCUCUUCCCAUCUUGUGAUGUGCAUGUAAUGCAUUCCUUUCAGCCCCUAUAUAACCAUUGUUCUCCUCUAGCAAACUUUGUCAUAUGACCAUCAAGCUGUGACUCUCAUGGAUGGUAUCUAUCUUUUUUUUUUCCUCAGGGAUGGUAUCUUUCAGCUUAUCCACUGCAUGCUUAUCUUUGAGCCAUCAUCCCUAGUUCGCAUAAUAGUCUUCCUAUUCCCAGGUUUCGUAGCUGCACCCACAGUGGGGACUAGAGUGAGAAGAGUAUUAAGAGCUGCAGGAGAAGGUGCAUGUGUCCUGAAUCUAAAAGCAACCUUGACAAACAGUUUUUUAGUACUGUUCUAGGCUAGAGAGAUAUUUAUCCUUGGUUCUGUCAUUCAUCCCAGACACUAGCUACUAAAAAAUGUACCCCAGUACUCUAUAGAACUGUAUAUAAUCUCAGAAUACCAACAGGUUCAUUAUGUUUUAUUGCUUUGGGGGAUGGGUUUUUUUUUUAUUUUUUUUUUAUUUUUAUUUUUUGGCUUUUUUUGUUUUGGAGGCCACACUUGGCUGUGGUUUGAGCUUAUUCCUGGCCUCUGCAGUCAGGAAUCACUCCUUGAGGUUCACAGGGAAUCAUCUAUGGUGUCAAGGAUCAGAUCUGGGGCUACCUCCAUGCAAGGCAAGUACCUUAUCAACUGCACUAUUUCUCCAACCUCCACAUCCCACAUGACCCUGCCAAAUGGUUCUCGAGCUAAGAAAUAUGUGUCUUAAAAGAGUUCUUGUAGGAUCCAAUGGAUAAUGUUGAUUUGGGAAGGGAGGAGUUCUCCCAAUCAGUCCUUAAGGAUCCCUGAGGGUCCUCCCUAUGUUCUUGGACAACCAGGCCAGUAGUUUAGGGGCCUGAAUAUGUGGUGCUGCUCAAACCCUACAGUACUAGGGAUUACUGGGGCUAUCCUGGCAGUGCUUGAGACUCCUGGGCUAUACCCAGCCAUGAUGCUGGGAGAGAGUGGGGAGGACCAUGAAGUGCUAGUGAUCAGACUGCAGUCAGCCACAUACAAGGCAUCCACACCUUAAGCAUUGGAUUAUUUGACCCAGUGAUAAUGGAUUUUUAUCUAUUCAUACUUUACUCAAAAAAAAAGAACAUAUACUAGAUAAAUUAAUGUACAUGGAAAAGUAAUAUGUUCUUGUGUUCAUCUUUUAUAUCAUUUACAAAUUAUGUUAGGGCAGAAUAUAAGUCAUUAAUAACAGAAAUUCAUAAAAACAUAAGGUAACUUUUACAUGUUCCUAACCAGAGAAAAUUCUAUAAAACAUCCGCAAGGUAGAGCCAUUUAUUAAAGGGAUUACAAAAUGUAUUCUGACAUUUUAUCUAAAGUCUUUCACUUUAUGAGCUUACAGUUUUCUUUGAGGUAACUCAAAGUACUGUUAAUUUUUUAGGUUUUACCCUCAACAGCUUUUUGGGAAUAAGUAAAAUGUUGUACCACCCUCACCCCCAAUUUGUUCCUUUGUCACAAGUCAAUUGAUUUUAUAUGUGUUUGGGUUGAUUUCUGGACUCAGGGCUUGUGAUUUCUUAAAUCUUUGUUUUUUCACCUCCUUGAUUAAAUUUAUUCCCUAGUUAAAUUUUAUUUCAUUCUUUUUGGUGUAAUUGUAAAUAGGAUUAAUUUAUAUUAGUGUAUAGAAACAGCUGUUUCAGUUAUAAAAUCUGUAAAUUGCCCUCAAAACUAAAGUGUCUUACUAAGUAGUCCACAGAAGACAAACAUUUUGACACUGACUUUUCUUGCAUUUAUAUCCUUAUUUUUAAAUAGUAUGCUUACAUUAUAGCUGUAAUUGUCUUGAUUGACAAUUCUAGAUAUUUCUCAUUUUUUAUCUGGGGAAACAGGAAUUAGAUGCUCUUAAUUCCCUUCAUUUCAGUGUGUUUCAUUUGUCUAUGUUCAGGGUUUAUAUGUUUGUGACUAUAUAAAUGUUUCAACUAACAAUAAAUGUAACUAGUUGCUUUUCCUGUCUUAUCAUUUAUGUUCUUUUUCGUGGACUUAAAUUUUUGUUUGCUUUGCUUAGUUUUACUAUUGCUACAGUAUGGCACACCUCUGCAGUCUUGGGAGCCACGACCACAAGUGCGGUGGAUCAAAUCAGAUCAUCACACUCAGAAGGCAUUUUUUAUACUUUGAUCCAUGUCCUUAACCCUGCUUAGCUUGUUAUAUAGUCCUCGUGAUUCAUGAAUAGGUUUGUGAAUUCACCUACUUGUUGAAAUUUAUUUUUAUCCUGAAAUCAACAUAAUAUAAUACUUUUGAGGUCAUUUGAGGACUUGUGUAGGAGAGAAAAAUUUGAAUCAUGAAUGCCUGAGGUUUCCAACUGAGAUUCACCAAGAUUACAUUGCUGUUUCAGCUCUAAUACUAUUUAAAAAAAAAAGACCUUUUCAAAGUCUUUUGUCUUUUUCUUUUUUUUUUAGUGAUUACAUUGUAAAGUAGUACUGUUGAAGUGCUCUAUAUUGUUCCUAAGCAUAAGAAGUCUGUGAUCUGUGUCUUGUGGAGAAAAUAUGUAUAAGUUUAAUAUAGGCAUGAGUCAUAUGCUAUUUUUCUUGAGUUUAAUGUCAAUGUAUCAACAAUAUAUAUUAAAAAAGAUAUCUUUUUAAAAAUAUAUUUAGCUUUUUUAUCUUUAUUUUUUGGCUUAGGGCUACACUGAGCUAAGUUCCCAGCCGUGCUGGGGAACCAAGUGAUGUGGGGUUUAAACCGAGAGGCAUACACAUGCAUAAUCAAAUGCUCUGUCACUGAGCCACAACCCCACUUCUAAAUAAGGUGUCUUUAAUGAGAUGUAUGUACGGUAAAAUCAGGUUAUGUAAUGAUCAGUUGACAAAAAUGCUAUAACCAGAAGCUCAUAGGAAUCUCAGCCUCUAUUUCCAUUAGACACAUGGUACAUUAUAUACUGUUAGGUUUGUUUGAACUUUAUAGAAUGUGAUUACAUGGA